GAAUGGAACAGUCAGUGUGUAAAAAGGAAAUUAAACAUCAUAAACAAUUGGAUUUAUGCAAAACUAGAGCAGCAUACAGACAAGGGAAAAAAUUAACAGCUGUAAAAGUGUAUACAGUUUCAUCAGAGUCUCAACAUCUGUUUGUUUAUGGUGUGCCAGUGAUAAAUCUUAGGUCUGAGUUGAAAGCUUUAUUCUCAAGAUAUGGCCAAGUGAAAAGUAUAUCCUUGGUAUCCGAUCAUGAAACAGAGGUUUUCACAGAGUGCUACCACAUUCAAUUUGAUAGAAUACAAUCUGCAAGAAUUGCUAAAAGAUUCUUAGAUAACAAGUCAUUUUAUGGAGGUCUUUUGCAUGUUUGUUAUGCACCUGAGCAUGAAGACAUUGAUGAAACAAGGGCCAAAUUAUUGCAAAGAAACAAAGAUGUUUUGAAGAGGCUCCAUCCCACCAAUGAUAGUGUUGAUUCUGGAUGGAAGCAUAAGAGAUCUCAUACAGCUGCAGCUGAAGAUAAUGAUGCAAUUAAUAAUGAUCCAAUGUUAUCAUGGCUUGAAGCACCCAAGGAAACAAAUACGAAGAUGUUAGUUCAGGAAGCUUAUAUAAAAUAUGAUGAUUCCACACAACCUCAGAGAUCCAAUAAAAAAGUUAAGAAGAGCAAUUUAAUACCAACACCAAUAUUAAUGUCUAAAGAAUUCAUUCAAAGAAAAACUGUAGAGAAGAAAAUUUUAUUUUACAAUAAAUGAUUGUUGAAAUGUAUUUUUUUGCUGAAAA